UCCCUUUGAUUAUGGACGCGGAGAACAUAUUUCACGAUGACUUAAAGACAAGCUCCCCAUCUCAGACUCUGUUCCCGCUGUCGAGUACAACUGUAAAGAAUUUUGAAACACCUACAAUUUUCCCCGUGGGCAGUAGUCCUGCCGCCUCUCACAAUGAAGACACAGGAGAGGGGCACCUGGACUGGCUCCACAACCCAAGUUACGGGGAUGCAGCUGUAGCAUCAGUAGUGGAGCUCCAAGAAGCCAUCGCAGACUACCAUGACAGUGCCAAGUCGGAAAACAGAUGCACCCUGGCACGGAGGGAGCCAAGUGAAGGAGAUGGCAAUGAUGAGGCCCAAGGAACUGCCGAACCAGUUGAUGAGGGUCUUGCAUGCCAGAGCAGGAAAAAGGCCAAACAUAAACACAAGCAUAAGAAAACGAAAGUCAAGAAAAAAGAACCAAUGGUUUCUUCAAGGGUACAAUCCCAGUUGCCAGAGACGGUGACAGUCAGUACCAAGAAGGUGUUCAUUGAGGAGAUGGCUGGCCUGGAGCCUGAGGAUGCUUUCAGGAUAGACCGCCACCGUGACAAGGACCUGUGGACAUAUGAGUGCCUCUACAAGGGUCACAUCGCGGGCUACAGGAGACUUGGACACUCACUUGGGGUACAGGGGAACCUGGAUCUCUUCAAACAUGAGAAGAACUCAAGUAAGAAAGCUGAGCCAGUGAGGUAUUGCCAGAAGAGAAGCAGAGCACUGCUGAGGAAGGUGGGAGUCAAAGUGAGGCGUGUGGAUGGGGAAGGUGCUCAAGUUCAGUACAUUCCCCUUGUAGGGGUGACAGACACUGCUGCUGACCCCCUCUGGGUGUUGGAUGAGGCCACCAGACAAUAUAUCCAAGGACGGGGCACAGCGGAAGGUGAUGUCCAAGAGGAGAUGCAGCCUAAUGAUGAGAUUCUCCAGCAGGUUGCAACAUACAACAAAAGGCUCAGGGAAGAUACACGAAAUGUUAAACUCUGGCUGGAGUUUGUGAAGUUCCAGGACAAAGUGUUCAGUGGGGUUGGAGAUUCGUGGCGUGGGGGUGGGCUGUCCAAGGCAGUGAUUGACAAGAAGCUGUCGAUCCUGAGCAGGGCACUGUUGGACAACCCGGGGUGUCUGGAUCUGAAGCUGGCCCAGCUGGAGGUGUGUAAGGAUGUGUGGGAUGGGGAACAGCUGACCCAGGAGUGGGACCAGCUGUUGUUUGUCCACUCCGCCAACACCAAGCUGUGGCACAGCUAUCUCAUGUUUCAGCAGUCCAGACUCGCCUCCUUCUCCGUCUCCAAGCUCAUCAAGCUGUACCACAAGUGUUUCCGUGUGCUCAUCGCUGUUGUGGAGGGGAACAUGAAGACAGCCAGGCCAACAGAUGUUCCCAACUCGGACCUCAUGGGUGUGUUUGUCCAGUAUUGUAUGUUCCUGCACCAAGUGGGUUACACCGAACGAGCUGUAGCCUCGUACCAGGCCCUCAUUGAGUUCAAUGUCUUCUGUCCCCCAAGCUUCACUGACACCUUGACUGCAGACAGAGCAGCUGUGUUUGAGAGUUUCUGGGACAGCAGCGUUCCCAGGUUUGGGGAGUCAGGGGCAGCAGGCUGGGCAGCCUGGAGGAGCAAAGACAAGAUGUCAGGAGAGACACAGGUUGUGACAGCAGAUCCAACAGAAGAAGCUGAGGAUGAUGUCAUAGCAAAACAGAUGCCUCAGUGGCAAACAUGGUUAGAAAUCGAGACAAUACGAGAAAACACUCAUUGGCUGCCAUGGCGACCAGAUAUUUUAAAGAACGAAACAGAGGAAGACUGUGAGGAUCUGGAGCGACUGGUUCUGGUGGACGACAUCACACCAGUCCUGUUCCAAGUAUCAAAACCAAAUGCUCAGUUCCGUCUUGUCAUGUGUUUGCUAGACCAACUGGGUGUGGCCACGCGGGAUGUUCUGUCUCAGCUGUGUCUGCAAGAACAAGAGGAGAUCUCAGUUUCUUCCAUGCAGCUGUCCCUCCACAAGAUGUGCCAGUUACCAGGGUUACCAGCUGCAAAGAGUCCCGACCUGGAUGGAGUUGCCAACCAGAGUGAGACGUUACAGAGAUAUAUUCACCAGGUCCUCUCCCAGGCCGUGCACAUGUUCCAGGGACAGAGUCAGACAGUCUUCACCUUGCUGCUCAUCCAGACUGAAUGGAGGAAACAUGGAGUUGAUUCACCUAGAAAUUUACCUAAGCACAAAUCAAAGGAGCUCAGAAAGUUUGUGAAAAAUCUGCUGAAGGAAGGUCAUAACCGUAAUAACCUGACUGUAUGGAAUGCAUACGCGUGUCUGGAACAUGAUCUUGGGAAGAGCCAAGAGGCUUUAGGGGUGGUGGAGACAGCACUAGCUAUGUUCAGUGGGGGGCAGUAUGGUCUUGAGGCCGCCAUGUCCAACUACCAAGAUGUCCUGUUGUUGCUGGAUGCUGGCAAGUCUUCAGCUCGGUGCCACGCCCUCCUUGCAGUCAGGGAGAAUAUCUUCAGGUCACAGUGGAUACUUCUCCGCCAUCAAAUGUCAAUCAGUGCAGUGCCUCUCAGCCAGCUGCGUGUUGUCAUGGACAGAGCCCUGGACGAGUUCCCCGACAACUCAGCCUUCCUGCAGUGUCUGGUGGACCUCGAGGCCAGGUCCCACAUCGUCGGGCGCGUUCGGCGCUACAUGGACAGAGCUUUAGUCAAUCCAUCGUCUCCUCUACCCCUCAUUCACAGUGUGCUGGUUGAAGUUGGAAGGCUUACCUCUCUUCAUGAGGAAUCAUAUACAGUCUGUAACAGUGGUGUGAUGCACAGAGUGCGGAGUUUGUUAGAGCGCGACACGGAGCUCAGCCUCACAACACUGCCCCUGGUGUGGAGGUUGUACUGCCAUGUAGAGAGCAAGUAUGGAGACAGAGAGCGUGCCAGAGGGAUAUUAUACCAGGCCCUACAGCAAUGUCCCUGGUCCAAGGUGCUGUACAAGGACGGAGUGUCUCUAUUUGGGCAGAGUCAGCUGCAGGAGAUGGUUGACCUCAUGACAGAGAAGGAGCUGCGUGUUCAGAUCCCUUUGGAAGAACUAGAUUUGUUGGGUCAGUCUGAUCCUGUUCCUCACAACCCACCGGUGGCAGAGACGUUGCUUGAUCACAGUCCACAGGAAGAAGAGGAUUUGAAGACAGUUGAAGUCUAAACUGUUUCUCUCAAAGUUAGGACAUGUCUUUGUUUUGAAGCCCAUUGUCUUCAUCCCAAAUCAUCUUCAAAUGGGCCAUACCGAACUGUGAUAAUGUUUUAUAAAAUAAAAUCUCAAACAAA